GGAGUCACGUUACCCGGGGACGCGCGGCCGGGCGCCCGGCGUAGCCGAGCCCGGGGCGGCGCGACCACAGGUGCGGCGGCCGGGGCCCCGAGUCGGGCCCCGACCCCGACCCCGACCCCGACCCCGACCGACCCUGACCCGGGGUCCCGGCCCCUGACUAGGCCAGGACUCCGGCCCCCGAAACCCCAGACCCCGACCUAACCCGGCCGGGACCUUGACCCCAGACCCCGGACCCGAGCCCCUCCGCGGACCCCAACCCGACCUGGCCCGUCCCAACAUGACAGGGCUGGAGGAGGACCAGGAGUUCGACUUCGAUUUCCUUUUCGAGUUUAACCAGAGCGAUGAAGGCACCGCUGCUGCCCCAGAGCACUAUAGUUACGCGUCCUCUAGCAUCAGCUCUGCUCUGCCUCCCGGCUCGGCUCGCCCCUCGCUGCCAGCUCCAUGCCACGACCUGCAGACCUCAGCCCCGGGCAUGCCGGCCGCUGCGGCAAGUCAGCCCCCGGGCUAUGGUGGGGCAGUGGACAGCAGGCCCUCGAGCUGCUUCCUCUCCUCCGGCCACGUCCGGCCCAACGGGGCCCCCGCCCUGGAGAGUCCUCGCAUCGAGAUCACCUCGUACCUGGGACUGCACCACGGCAGCAACCAGUUUUUCCACGACGCGGAGGUAGAAGACGUCCCUCCCGGCUCCCAGCGACCCCCGUGCACGGCCACGCUGGGUCUGCCCGGCCUGGAGGCCUACCGCGACCCCUCCUGUCUGAGCCCGGCCAGCAGCCUGUCGUCGCGUAGCUGCAACUCCGAGGCCUCGUCCUUCGAGUCCGGCUUCUCGUACCCCUACGCGUCCCCGCAGACGUCCCCAUGGCAGUCGCCCUGUGUGUCCCCCAAGGCCACGGACCCCGAGGACGGCUUCCCCCGCGGCCUGGGGGCCUGCGGCCUGCUCGGCUCCCCCAGACACUCGCCCUGCACCUCGCCCCGCGCAAGCGUCACGGAGGAGAGCUGGCUGGGGGCCCGCACGUCCCGGCCCCCGUCCCCCUGCAACAAGAGGAAGUACGGCCUCAACGGCCGGCAGCUGGCCGGCUCCCCGCAUGCCUCGCCCACGCCGUCCCCGCGCGGCUCGCCGCGGGUCAGCAUCACCGACGACACCUGGCUGGGCAACAGCACCCAGUACACCAGCUCCGCCAUCGUGGCCGCCAUCAACGCCCUCAGCACCGACAGCAGCCUGGAGCUGGACGGCGUCCCCGUGAAGGCGCGCAAGACCGCCCCGGACCACUGUCCCUCCGUGGCGCUCAAGGUGGAGCCGGCGGGCGAGGCCCCGGGGACCGCGCCGCCCCCGUCCGAGUUCCUGCCCGAGGAGUUCCUGUCCUUCCAGCACAUCCGGAAGGGGGCCUUCUGCGACCAGUACCUGUCGGUACCGCAGCAUCCGUACCAGUGGGCCAGGCCCCGCUCCCCGGCAGCCCACGGCAGCCCGUCCCUCCCCGCCCUGGACUGGCAGCUGCCGUCGCGCUCGGGACCCUACGAGCUGAGGAUCGAGGUGCAGCCCAAGCCCCACCACAGAGCCCACUAUGAGACGGAGGGGAGCCGGGGGGCCGUGAAGGCGUCGGCUGGAGGACACCCCAGUGUGCAGCUACACGGCUACUUGGAGAACGAGCCACUCACACUACAGCUGUUCAUCGGGACGGCUGACGACCGCCUGCUGAGACCCCACGCCUUCUACCAGGUCCACCGGAUCACGGGCAAGACCGUCUCCACCACCAGUCACGAAGCCAUCCUCUCCAACACCAAAGUCCUGGAAAUCCCUCUGCUGCCGGAGAAUAACAUGCGAGCCAUUGUGGACUGUGCCGGGAUUCUGAAGCUUCGAAACUCGGACAUCGAGCUGCGGAAAGGGGAGACGGACGUCGGGAGGAAGAACACCAGGGUGCGGCUGGUCUUCCGGGUCCACAUCCCACAGCCCAACGGCCGGACGCUGUCUCUGCAAGUGGCCUCCAACCCCAUCGAGUGCUCCCAGCGGUCGGCCCAGGAGCUGCCCCUCGUGGAGAAGCAGAGCGCAGCCAGCUGCCCCGUCCUCGGCGGGAAGAAGAUGGUCCUGUCUGGCCACAACUUUCUGCAAGACUCCAAGGUCAUUUUCGUGGAGAAAGCACCAGAUGGUCACCACAUCUGGGAGAUGGAGGCGAAGAUGGACAGAGACCUGUGCAAGCCGAACUCGCUGGUGGUCGAGAUCCCGCCUUUCCGCAACCAGAGAAUAACCAGCCCCGUGCAAGUCAGCUUCUAUGUCUGCAACGGGAAGAGAAAGAGAAGUCAGUACCAGCACUUCACCUACCUUCCUGCGAACGCUCCUACCAUAAAAACAGAGCCCACCGAUGAUUACGAGCCUGCCCUGACCUGUGGACCAAUGAGCCAGGGCCCGAGCCCGCUCCCCAAGCCAUGCUACAGCCAGCAGCUGGUGAUGCCGCCUGACCCGGGCUCCUGCCUGGUGGCCGGCUUCCCACCCUGUCCACAGAGGAGCACCAUGGUGUCACCGCCCCCCAGCACCAGCCCGAAGCUCCACGACCUCUCCUCCGCCACCUACAGCAAGGGCAUGGCCAGCCCGGGCCACGGUCACCUCGGACUUCAGCGGCCGGCCGGAGGGGUCCUCACCGUUCCGGAGACGCCGAGACCCGUGGGCGUGCACCCCGGCCCCCCCCAGCAGCCGCCUCCCGCCCUGCUGCGACCACAGGUGAGUCCACAGCUGAGCCGCAGCUGUCCCCCGGGCCACCAGCCAGCUCUCUGUCCCAACAGCCCCUCCUCCUCACCACCGUCCGGUACCCAAGAGCCGACCUGUUUGCAGUCCUGCAGCCCUACCCACCCAUCCGAGAUGGGCCGCCAGCAGCACCGACUGCCGAAGGCUCCGAGGAGCGAGUCCGCAGCCCCCCGGCCUCUGCUGCUGCCCGAGGUGCAUGAGGACAGUAAUCAUAGUCUGGCCCCCAUUCCCGUAACGGUCAAGCGAGAGCCUCAGGAGCUGGACCAGCUGUACCUGGACGACGUAAAUGAAAUAAUACGGAACGAUCUCUCCAGCACCAACAUCCGAUCAUAGCUGCCCACACGGAACUCACUCGGAAGCCGCGCGGUGUCGGCUUGGCCGCUGACGGUCAAGCUCGGACACAGGACUUCUGAGUAGACCAGACACAUCCCUGGUGCCCGUCAGAACUCCAGCUUACUGAAGAUUUGCAUCGUACGCUCAAAGAAGUAGCUCUGUGACAGGGAGGACGGACCGAAGGGGGCAGGGAAGCGAGUGCGCCUCUCACGGGGCCCCCCGGGGCACCCCCGGACUUCAGGACUGGAAGUGCCUUAUUAACCAGACCCCAGCAUCAGGGCGCCAUAGGAUGGAGCACUGAGUCUGCCACCAGGAGGGUAUUUGUAGGAGCAAAAGCUAUAAAGACGCUUCGUCAUGAGGCUUUCUCUUUUGUAUAAAUUAGGAGAAUACUGGCAAGCUAGGCAUUGUGAGAAAAACCUAACACGCGCUUCCUGCUUUUUAUCAGCUUCCCUUGGGCUGCAGCGUGCAGCCUGUUGCCUUAUUCAGCGCAUUUUAGGGAUCUUUUAUUCUGUCCUUUCUGGCGUCACCAGCUCCCUCCCCUGCGUUACCGAAACCAUAGGAUUGUUAAUUGUAGCAUGCUAGGGUUUUGUUUUUAAUCUGGCUUUGAACGUAGCGCAAGUAAGAUGAUAGCACCAGAUAUGUUGCUGGACAAAAAAAGAAGUCUGUCCGCCGCAGGACAGAUCUUGCAUUUGCAUGGAUGUACCGUUACAGGCACAUAUUUAUGUACAGAUAAAGAAUGACAGAGUUGGUGAUGUGCGGUCUUUGCCCAGCAAGGGCUGCCGAGUUAGCAAUAACCCGUAUCCGUUCUGGAAAACGCAUCUAAGACAAAAUCUGGCUUUUCAGCUGCGUCCACGGGGGUGCAUCUCCUGUCCUCCGGGUCCGCGUUGUCUUGGGCGGCGCCCCCGGCCGAACUCGUCAGAAAGCCAGGAGAGGCGUUCUUGAUGCCCAGAUGUUACCAAACAGCAGAUGGGAAAGCAACUGUAAAUAACAUCACGAAAGGAGUGUAAUAUAUUUGUUCAGCUGUAAGAUUAUUCCUUCACAGAAGCCUUACAACUCUGCUUUGUCUAAGAAAACAGUUACCAAAAAUGUUUUAAUACGCAGCACUUGUAGUUCGUUCCCGAUUAGUUACUGUUAACACGUAGGUUAGCUAAGCUCUACUGCUCCCCCUGCAUCUGUACAGUUAACAGCUUAUUACACGUUAUUACUCGCCGUGACCUGUUGUUUCACAUAACCAAAAAGCAUGGUUUAAUUAAAACAUGUUUAACCCGAUAAUUGUGCCUUAGGAAUUUAUGCCCCCUCCUGGAACAUGCCUGAAUUGCACCCUCGGGUGGAGGAUGUAAGUUACAAUAAUUAAACAUGAUGUUAUGGUGGAGAAAGCCCUCCCGCAGAAUUAUUUUUAAAAUGUUCUUCUGUACAAUUAUGUGUCAUCUUUGUUGGACUCCCAGAAAGAACACAAACCUGAAAGCCAUAUUUGUAGCAUUUGCACACAGCUGUGAAGAGCGACGGCAUAUGGCUCCUCACAGGCCACGGCCCCGCCUGCCACCCAGACCUUAGCCUGCACUUAGCACCCCAGGACUCGCAUGAAACUCUUCUCAGUAAGCUGUCUAUGGAAAGGACUGUUUGGUAUUUGUGUCCGCUGUCCUUGUAGUUAGGAAAUAGACCCAAUAAAGCAAUAUUU